GAAAAUCACAACGAUCCCUACAGCCCCUGAACGCAGCACAAGGCCAAAGCAGCCGCUCAUCGAGGUUUGUUGUCAAUGACAGUUGCCUGCUAGCUAAAGUCAUGGCGCUGCUAAAACAAAGUUGUUGUGUUGCCGGCCGUUUUCCCGCAAAUCAUCUAUGGCUGAGUCCCAGAUGCAUCCCACAUGUUUACACCAGCAGUCUGACAACUGCGGCCAAAUCCACCCCAGACCGGACCGACAGAAAGAAGGAGCCACUGAGCGAUGACGGGCCCGAUCUACAGGAUUUUAUUUCAGGGGAAUUAUCGGAGAAGAGCAAGUGGGAAGAGUACAAAGGCAACCUGAAGAGGGGGAAGGGAGAGAGGCUGAGGCUUCCUCCAUGGCUGAAGACCGAGAUCCCCAUCGGGAAAAACUUCAACCGGCUGAAGAACACGCUGAGAGACCUCAAACUGCACACGGUGUGUGAGGAGGCCAGGUGUCCUAACAUCGGGGAAUGCUGGGGAGGAGGAGAAUACGCCACGGCCACAGCCACCAUCAUGCUGAUGGGGGACACGUGUACCCGCGGGUGCAGGUUCUGCUCCAUAAAGACGGCCCGUCGGCCUCCGCCUCUGGACCCAGACGAGCCCUACAACACGGCCAAGGCCAUCGCGGCGUGGGGGCUGGACUACGUGGUUCUCACCUCGGUCGACAGAGAUGAUAUUGCUGAUGGAGGGGCAGACCACUUUGCCAAGACUGUCCACAACCUGAAGGAAAGGGACUCUCGCAUCCUGGUGGAGUGUCUGACCCCUGAUUUCCGCGGGGACUUGGCAGCAGUAGAGACGAUCGCCCUGUCUGGGCUGGAUGUGUACGCCCACAACGUGGAGACGGUGCGAGAGCUGCAAAGGUUUGUCCGUGACCCCAGAGCCAACUUUGACCAGUCUCUGAGUGUCCUGAAGCACUCCAAAAAGGUAAAGCCCACCUUACUCACCAAGACUUCCAUCAUGCUGGGACUGGGUGAGACGGACCAACAGAUCCUCGACACCCUGACCGAGCUGCGAGAGGCGGGAGUGGACUGCCUGACUCUGGGCCAGUACAUGCAGCCCACCAAACGCCACCUGAAGGUGGAGGAAUACGUCGCUCCAGAGCGGUUCGCACACUGGGAGAAGGUGGGGAAUGAGAUGGGCUUUGCAUACACAGCCAGCGGGCCGCUGGUGCGAUCCUCCUACAAAUCAGGUGAGUUCUUCCUGAAGAACCUACUGAAGAAGAGAAUAGAAGAAGCCCCUGUGGCGGAAUGAAGAACUCUGACCCAGCAGCACCUGGAAGCUUUGUCUCCUUAGUCCCGCCCCUACUGCAACUAUACGCACUUCUAGUGACAGCUUUACUCCUGCUGUACCAUAACACAUCAUGGUACGCAGCAGCACGGGAAACACCUUAACCUUAUACAUCUAGUAACAGAAAACAAUCUCGUAUGCAAGUUCAGGGGCCGUUCUGUUCCUUUUUGCCCCAGGGAGAGGAGAUCAGAGAGCCUGCAGCGGGUUAAAGGGCUGCAGGUUUGUAGAUAAAUUGUGUGCGGACCAGAAGGUACAACCUGGUGUUUGGCAGAGGUCAUUUGUUAUCUCUGCACCACAGGGCCUCCCUAAAUCACAUGGAUACUUCCCCUCAGUCCCCAGACCUGAUGUACAGAGCUACUGAUCUUUGCCCGCUCGCCCCGUUUAUGAACUCUUCGAGUUAGAGAGUGGGUUCUUUUCUUUGAGGACUAAGUUUUAGCCUCAUUGUCCUUUUGUCAGGCACAGGAGUGUAACGAGUAGGACAUUUUGAUAGCUGUAUCUGACACAGAACAUUUGGGCUGAAACUACUUUUUCUGACGUAAAAUACUAUUCUGGCUCCAGCUGUGGACAUUGUUGGGACAGAAGAAAUCUUUGAUGUACAUUUUCAUUUAAAUAAUAAAGAAUAGUAAGCACACA